CCGCCCGCCCCCGGCCCCGCCGAGCGCUCCCUCCCGCACAGCACACACGGCCCGGAGGAGAUGGAUUGGAGCACGCUGCAGACCAUUCUGGGGGGCGUCAACAAACACUCCACCAGUAUUGGGAAAAUCUGGCUCACCGUCCUCUUCAUUUUCCGCAUCAUGAUCCUUGUCGUAGCCGCGAAGGAAGUGUGGGGAGAUGAGCAAGCCGAUUUCGUCUGCAACACUCUACAGCCUGGGUGCAAAAAUGUGUGCUACGAUCACUAUUUCCCGAUCUCUCACAUCCGACUCUGGGCUCUCCAGCUGAUCUUCGUGUCCACGCCGGCUCUCCUGGUGGCCAUGCAUGUUGCAUACCGGAGACACGAGAAGAAAAGGAAGUUCAUUAAGGGGGAGAUAAAGAACGAAUUUAAGGACAUUGAAGAGAUCAAAAGCCAGAAGGUCCGUAUCGAAGGGUCACUGUGGUGGACCUACACCAGCAGCAUCUUCUUCCGCGUCAUCUUUGAAGCAGUCUUCAUGUACGUCUUCUACAUCAUGUACGACGGGUUCUCCAUGCAGCGCUUGGUGAAGUGCAACGCGUGGCCUUGUCCCAAUACAGUGGACUGCUUUGUUUCCAGGCCCACGGAGAAGACCGUCUUUACGGUUUUCAUGAUCGCGGUGUCUGGAAUUUGCAUCCUGCUAAAUGUCACCGAAUUGUGUUAUUUGCUAAUUAGAUAUUGUUCUGGAAAGUCCAAAAAACCAGUUUAACGCAUUACCCAGCCAGUGGAUAAAAGAGAGGGUGAAAAGGAGGAGGCACAGACAGGUGCUUUGCUGUCAAGGCACAGUCACCAGCAUUUCCCGAGAUACAGAUUCCUAUCUUAAACGCAACCAUUUGAAACUGCUCUGGAUGUCAGUGAAACUCCAGAUGCCUCCAACAGAGCUCUCCUCUCCUAAAGCUUGAAAACAAAGGCAUGAUUCUGUGCCUAUACUGAUUUUCACUAAAAUUAGUUCCAGUGAGGCCCCAGGCCGCUAGGGCUUGUGGGUGUAGGCUGUCUCCUAUUUUAAACAAAGGACAUCAGCAUUUCUUUCUCUUUCUUGGAGGAAAGGAGAGAAACGCCAGGUUCUAAAGAGGAUGCUGAGAAGGUUUGCUUGAUCUCCUUAAGGGUCUCUUUGCCGUUUUCCCUGAAUUAAAGGUGAACGUAGAGAUUCUUGGUUCUUUUAUUCACUUGGGGAGUUUUAGUCUGUAACAGUGGACAGGGUUAUCUAACGCUUCAAACUCUGUUGUGCUUUUUUAAGUGAAAACUUUAAAAUGGGAUAGAUGUUCUUUUGAUCUGUAAGAUGUUCUGAAAACCAUGAUAUGUUCACCCUAUUUCAAAGGCUCAGAUUCUGAUAUGCAAACGGUGUGCAAUUAGAUACUGUCAUUGAGUUUAAAAUAGAGCCUUUCGGUUAUGAGUAAUUUGCAGCGCCCCUGCGAGGCUGGUGGCUGUAUUCAUUGUGGUACGUAGCCCAUAAAAGCAUUUCAGCCUCUCACACGUGAAACGAACUAGAAGUUCUUAGGGGUGGCUUGUAUUAGCAAAGAGCCUUAUUUCAAAAACUUAGGUGUAAUUUUGCAUGAGAAGUACACGCUGGAUGGACCACCAGCUACUACUGACUACAGGCUGGGGCAAGCCACCCUCUCUACAGUGUUUGCCCUUUCCAUUACUGUGGUCAACAGUGGGAGCACUGAUUUAAAGAGGUUGCUUGGGAAUGCUUCAUUGCCACAGUACAAUUUAAUGGUGCAGAACAAAAUGGGGGGAGUGGUAGUUACUGUUUUUAAAGAAUAGAUGGAAACAAAAUUUUAAAGAAUUUAGAUGGACUCAAAAUUCUAAUGAUUAAAAAUGAGUUUCAUCUACUUCAAAAGUUUGCUUCCCUCUUUAGCAUCCGGUUUUCUUAAGUGAAAAUAGAAUUGGUAGGCAUUUGUUUUUAAAUAGAAAUUAGAGUUUAGAUAAAUAUUUAGGUGUUCUAUGGGACAAACUGGACCCUAAUAUUAUCACUGUGCUUGACAUGGUCUCCAAAAAAUGGUACUCGACAUACUUUCAUGAGGGUAAACACUUUUCUGUCGCCAAGA